AACUCUAGGAGCUUGUGGACAGCAGUUGUGAUCGUGAUGAUGCUGGUGAUGCUGAGCACCCCAGGGUCUGAGGGGAAAGACACUCCAAAGGAUUUCGUGUUCCAGUGUAAGUCCCAGUGCUACUUCACCAACGGGACGCAGCGAGUGCGUGUGGCCAGAUACUUCUACAACCAGGAGGAGUUCGUGCCUUUCGAUAGCGACGUGGGCGAAUUCCAGGCUGUGGCCGAGCUGGGGCGUCCGAUCGCCAAGUCCUGGAACAUCCAUGACAUCCUGGAGUCCCAUCGAGCCUUGGUGGAAACGGUGCGCAAACACAACUACCAGAACGAGGAAGUCACGACCCUGCAGCGCAGCGAAAAAUCUAAAGUGACCAUUUCUCUAUCAAAGACAGAGGCUUUAAACCACCACAACCUACUGGUCUGCUUAGUGACAGAUUUCUACCCAGGCCAAGUCAAGGUGCGGUGGUUCUGUAAUGACCAGGAAGAGACAACUCGUGUAGUGUCCACUCCUCUUACCAGGAAUGGAGGGACAUUCCAGAUCCUUGUGAUGUUAGAAAUGAUUCCACAGCGUGGAGAUGUCUAUGCUUGCCAUAUGGAGCACCCCAGCCUCCAGACACCCAUCACAGUGGAAUGGCGUGUGCAGUCUGAAUCUGCAAAGAGUAAGAUUCUGAGUGGCAUUGGGGGUUUUGUGCUGGGACUGAUCUUCCUUGGACUGGGGCCAGAAAGACUCUCGUGGAUCUCCACCAGCAGGUAA